AUGGCGCCAGAAAUUGUUAAAAGUGGUGAUGCUGAACAUGACUUAGUAAGUUUUUCUUUUCUUGGUGUUCUUACAAUUGAACUUUUAACUGGUGCAUCACCAUUUACUGUUAAUGUUAAAAAUCAACCAUUAAUACCAAAUUAUAUAUCAAAAAUAGCCAAAGAUUUUAUUCUUAAACUUUUAAUGAAUAAUCUAAAAUGUCGUUUAGGUUCAAAAGGAUUAGAAGAUGUUAAACAUCAUCCAUUUUUUGGAUCUGAUAUUGAUUUGGAUACUAUUGCACAAAAACGUUUUUAA